AUACUUUGGACAUGUUGUCAGGAGGGAUCAGUCCCUGGAGAAGGACACUGUGCUUGGUAAAGUACAGGGUCAGUGGAAAAGAGGAAGACUCAAUGAGAUGGAUUGACGCAGUGGCUGCAACAACGGGCUCAAGCAUAACAAUGAUUGUGAGGAUGGUAUGGGACCAGGAAAUGUUUCGUUCUGUGGUACAUAGGGUCGCUAUGAGUCGGAACUGACUCGACGGCACCUAACAACAACUUUAUCACAUCUUCAAAAUCCCUCUUGCUAUGUAAGGUAAUGUAUUUACAGGUUUCAGGGAUUAGGAUGUGGGUAUUUUGGGGAGGGCUAUUAUUCUGCCUACCACAGUGGGUGUCACUAUGCCCAUCUGGUCCCCAAAACAGGAACACCAGUAUUCCUGUUCUGGAUCUGUUUUAAAAAAUCUGGGUGGAUGUGCUUUGGAAAAGUGUGGGAACACUUUUUCCAGAAACAGAAAGAAAAAGGGGAUGGAUGUAGGUUGAAAGAGAGGCAUUUUAUGAUGAAUGAAAAGGAGAUUCUUUUUCUGAGGAGGAUGAAGGAACAGACUGAAGACUUGAGAAGGGUGGGUGAGACUUGGAAAAGCUGCUGUGGAAGGUGGGAAAGCUGCCCACUAAGGUGAAAGAAGCAGAUUGCUUCCCUGAGGGCAUGUCGCAGAUGAGAACACAGUUACCUGAGUUAAACAAUGUGAUCUGAGAUCAUGCCAUUUACCAGUUGUUGUUGUUGUUGAUGUUAGGUGCCUUCAAGUUGGCUUAACCAGGGGGGCCUCAAAUUAUAAACAUGAAGACAACAUUAAACAUGGUUCUAAAAUACCCAUCUAAAUUUGUCUCUCAAAUUUUACGAACAAACCGAACAAUGUCAUCAGAAUCAAAGUGGUCCUGCCAUCUCAUUUUUGCCAUGCCAUUGUUAUUCUUUUCCCAUGAUUCCUACAAAAACCUGACACUAACGAGGCUAGCAUAAGAAGGUAGGAAAAAAAAAAAGAAACAUGAAUCAUAAACCACGGUGGAAAUAAACCAAGAAAUAAGAAAAACUGAUCUCUGCCACAAAGAACAACAAUACCAAAAAAUUACACUAGCAAAAGGGCCAUUAUAGACUCACAGUUUAGACUUUUAAAAAGACAAAACAUGGAGGAUCUUGUAAGAUCGACCGGCUGCUUCUUUUCUACGACAUCUCCCCGUGAGACGCCUACUGAAGCUUGGGUGUAUUUCUCUCUUGCUGUGUCAUACAAUGCUCCUUUCCCCACCCCCUCCCGUCUGCUGCCAGCGUGGGGUGUGUGUCUGUGUGUGUGUGUCUGUGUGUGUGUGUCUUUGGUUUCUCUCUCCCUUGUAAAAACGUGGCCUGCCUCCUGUCUGCUGCUGUUGCUGCUGCUCUGACUUGCUCUUUGCUGCCUCUUUCUUCUCCUUUCUCUUUCUCCUUAGCUCCUGGCUUUCCGAUACUACUCUAAGUAUGGAGACUAAUCAACCUGUACAAGUCUCAGAGGAACCACUUCCAGAGGACAGUUCCUCAUCGUUACCCGGUCAAAAUGGCCCAGAGAAGCCAGAUGGCCAGGAGUUCUCAACUCCACUCCAAGCAUCAGAGAAAGAACCAAGUGUGCAACCUGAAAAGGGAGCUCAUGAUAUCUCUGAAGAGUUGAAUCGACAACUGGAAGACAUCAUAAACACAUAUGGGUCUGCUGUGGGCACAACAGGGAAAGAGGGUGCUGCCAAAGCCAAGGAGCAGCCUGAAAAUGCAGAACUGCCUGAGAACGAGGAUGGGGACUAUGAGGAAACCACUGAAGAGACCGAAAGAGAACCCACUGCUCCUGGGGAGCCAUCUGCAGCCAAAGAGUCUGUCACCAAUAAAGAGCAGAAGUUGGAAAAGAAAAUCUUAAAAGGAUUAGGCAAAGAAGCCAACCUCCUAAUGCAAAAUCUGAACAAGUUGCACACACCUGAAGAAAAGCUUGAUUUUUUAUUCAAGAAGUACGCUGAAUUGCUGGAGGAACAUCGCACUGAGCAAAAGAAGUUAAAGCUCCUGCAAAAGAAACAGAUACAAGUCCAAAAAGAAAAGGACCAAUUACAAAGCGAACACAGCAGAGCAAUCCUCGCUCGCAGCAAACUGGAGAGUCUGUGCCGAGAGCUGCAGAGACACAACAAGACUCUAAAGGAGGAAACCCUUCAGCGGGCACGUGAUGAGGAAGAGAAAAGGAAGGAGAUCACGAGUCAUUUCCAGAACACCCUGACGGAUAUCCAGGCCCAAAUCGAGCAGCAGAGUGAGCGGAAUAUGAAGCUGUGCCAGGAGAACACAGAGCUCGCCGAGAAACUGAAGACUAUCAUCGAUCAGUAUGAGCUCCGAGAGGAGCAUCUGGACAAAAUAUUUAAGCACAGAGAACUGCAGCAGAAGCUGGUGGAUGCAAAACUUGAGCAGGCACAAGAAAUGAUGAAGGAAGCAGAGGAGCGACACAAUCGAGAAAAGGAAUAUCUCCUGAACCAGGCAGCAGAGUGGAAGCUUCAGGCCAAAGUGCUGAAGGAGCAAGAGACAGUCCUGCAGGCUCAGCUUACUCUCUACUCUGGAAGGUUUGAAGAGUUCCAGAGCACACUGACAAAAAGCAAUGAGGUGUUCGCCACUUUCAAACAGGAAAUGGAUAAAACAACUAAGAAAAUGAAGAAGCUGGAAAAGGACACAGCCACGUGGAAAGCCCGGUUUGAGAACUGUAACAAAGCUCUCUUGGACAUGAUUGAAGAGAAAGCACUGAGAGCAAAAGAAUAUGAGUGCUUCGUGAUGAAAAUUGGGAGGCUGGAGAAUCUCUGUCGAGCUUUACAAGAAGAGAGAAACGAACUCUAUAAAAAAAUCAGAGAAGCGAAAAUGUCUGAAAAGGAAGACCAAUGUCAGUACGCCUCCAAUGAAGAGCCAGAGUCAAAUGUGUCUGUGAAUGAAGAGGUCGAUGCAAAGGCCAAGAGUGUUGAAGAAGCGGUGAAAAAUCUGGCUGCAGCCUUCAUGAUAAUUCAUCAUCCAGAGCCUGCCCUCUGCCAGCCCAAAGAAAUCCAACCAGAAUUAGGCAGCCCUCAAGGAGGCAGUACCAUUGCCCUCAAGGAGCCAGAACAACACCCUCUGUUUCCUUCAUUCAGAUCAGAGAGUCCCCUGCCUCCCCCAAGUCCUCAGGCAAAGGCCGAAGGAGGAAAUGAGGCAGAAAUUCUCCCCAAGACCAUUGGUCUCCAAGCUGGGUUGGGAGCAGAGGCCUGUGGUGAGGGCCUCCCUGCUGGAGCAGAAGCUGAUGAGCAACACCGGAAGCCAGAGGCAGAAAAUUCUGGUCAGAUUCCACUGUCCCCAGCCCAGGCCACCCUACCAAUGAUGGAGGCAAAUGGUCCUCCUGCUCCAGCGCUCCCAGCAGGCAAGGAAGUUUUAGCUGGGGUGCCCAGAUGUGAGCCCAGUAGGCAACCCCCACCACCAGCAGCUGGGGGACUGACAGCAGGGUCUUCAGCGGGGCUGCUGCUGCCCAAAGCAGCUGACACCAACCUGGAGGGAGUAGACUAAGCCACAUCAUGCCCUUUAAAGCUGUUCUUCCUGAUUUUGCAUCUGCAUCAUCACAGAUCUGAAAGACAUAUAAGGGCUAGGGACGUCAGGUGGAAAAGAAUUAGAAUCGAGACAUUUUCAAAUGUUGUGCAGGGCACAUUCAGCCUUUGCUCUUUGUUCUCGAUUUAUAACUGAUUUGGAACUUUUCUAUUUAACACUCAUUGAUAGUAUGAUUUUCCCAAACAGCAGCAAAACAUAGCAAUAGCAUAUUUAUAUUAAUUUGCCAUUAAGAAAGUACUUAAUUCAAUUUCUUACUCAACAGUAAUAUUUGGUGUUUAAAGACUUCCACUGUAAUAUAAAAAUAUGGAAAAUGUGAUGUUUUAAGUUAUUUCCACAUAUCGAGUAAUAAGUUUCAUAAUAAGUAAUGGAUGUCUAGGUUCCAUUUAAACAUUAUAUACAUAAUAUAUACACACGUGUGUAUUAU